AUUGGGUUACACUUUUUAUCGGGACAAUCGCGAGCUGGUUGGAAGGGGGCCCGGUGUACUGUGACGAGACCAUUAUACCAAGGACCAUCCCCAAGGUCAUCCCCACAGGACUGAAGAUGUAUCUCUGAGCUGCGGUAUAUUGGGUUACACUUUUUAUCGGGACAAUCGCGAGCUGGUUGGAAGGGGGCCCGGUGUACUGUGACGAGACCAUUAUACCAAGGACCAUCCCCAAGGUCAUCCCCACAGGACUGAAGAUGUAUCUCUGAGCUGCGGAUAUGGGUUUGUUUUGGCUGGACUUUGACCCGACUCUGAGGAUGAUUCAUGAGGGUUGGACGUGUACCUGAGAGGGAGAGACCCAGCAGCACCAGCUCCACUCCCUUCCCCUUUGGUCACACAACACGGUUGGAGCAUUCCGGAAACUCGGAACUCACCAGGAGCCACAUCAUCUCUCGGCCAUCCCAGGACUGAGCAAGAUGACCCCGUGACCCUCCCACUCCCUGCCUUCCCAGGAUGUGCAUCAUGGCCUUUCCUGCCGCCAUCUUGGAGUGGCCUUCCAACUCCCACUAGCGAGUAAUCCCCUGGAACGCUAUCAAUCCCCUCUAACAGUGCCAAGCGAGCAGUGGUUUCUGGAGCCAAUCAGAGCGCAGAGUGGGAGGGGGACGUUGGUGGGGUGUGGUAUUGCUGAGUGAUGCCCCUCUGAAGGGGACGAGCCAGACAUUGGGCUGUGACUCCAUCAGUUCCUUGUGCCAUCCCCCUUGGGGCCCGCUGUGAGAUACCAAUGAAAAUACCCACCAGAAUGCGUUUCCUGGCUGUGCUGGGGAGUGCCCAACUGUUGGUCAUUCUGUUGGUGUACCGCGAGGGAUCACGUCAGAGGGUCAAUGCCAUCAUCAGUGCCCUCUGGAAGACAGGGUCAGUGCCCACCACCUCCCAGGCCAACAGCUUUCAGCCCAGAGAUAUCUACGCCAAUCUCAGCCUCACCACCCCCAUCGUGGUGGAUGAAGACCAGCUCCCGUCCUGUCCAUCAGUCUCACCGUACCUCAGUGGUCCGAUCCGUGUCACGUUCCCAAAGGAUCUGUCCUUGGAAGAGGUGAGGAAGAGGAACCCCAUGGUGCUGGCCGGGGGGUGGUACAAACCCCCAGACUGCGAGUCGAAGCACAGUACGGCAGUGUUGGUCCCUCACCGACACCGGGAGCAGCAUCUGAAAUACCUUCUGUAUUACCUCCACCCCAUGUUACAGAAACAGCAGCUCCAGUACCGCAUCUACAUCAUCCACCAGGCUGGGAACACUACCUUUAACAGAGCAAAGUUAUACAACGUGGGCUUUAAGGAGGCGAUGAAGGACACAGACUGGGAAUGUCUGUACUUUCAUGAUGUGGAUCUUAUCCCUGAGGAUGAUCGCAACCUCUACACGUGUGAGAAAAAUCCCAAACACGCCUCUGAAGCUGUGGACAAGUUCGGAUACAAACUACCGUACCCGACCUGCUUUGGAGGAGUUUCGGCGUUUACACCUGACCAGUUCAUGAAGGUCAACGGCUUCCCCAAUAACUACUGGGGAUGGGGCGGAGAGGAUGAUGACCUCGCUAAAAGGGUCUGGCUGAGUGGGAUGUCGAUAUUCCGUACUGCUCUGCACCUGGCCCGUUACAAGAUGGUUAAACACUCACGUGACAAGGGAAAUGAGGAUAAUCCCAAAAGAUGGAAUCUGCUGACCAAGACAAGCAGCACCUGGAAGCAAACUGGGUUGAAUAACCUCGAUUACGUUCUUCUCUCGAAAGAGUAUCUGCCUCUGUACACCAACAUCACUGUCGACAUCGGCACUGAGAAAGGAGGGCCCCAGCGAGCCACGUGACCCAUCCUCACCCACUCUCCCUCAGGAUUAGGGAUGAACCCCUCCCCCCUUCACUACAGCAGCUGUCACCCUCAGAAGCCCCACCCUGGCCAGCUGAGGACCUGAACUUUGCAAAGAUUGACUUUCUAGUUGUGAAUAGGCCUCUUUAUUUGUUUUUUUGGGGAUUUUAGGGGCUCGCGAGUUUUCACUGUGGCCCACACCCCCUCCCCCAAUGGACUCUCUGGAUCGAAGGGACUCUCUCCUGUGCCCCUUGCCACUUCUGUUCCUACCCACAAUCUAAGCGCCACCUCAAGGUACCGCGUGACAUGAGCUGACCAGCUAUGGAAGGCAUCACCAGUGGUACACGUGUGUGUGUGUGUGUGUGUGUGUCUGUGUGUGAGAAUGUGUGUGUGUGUAUGUAUGUGUGUGGGUGUGUGAGAGAGUGUGUGUGUGUAUAUGUGUGUGUGAGUGUGAGUGUGUGUAUGUGUGUGCGCGCGCGCGCGCGCAUGUGUGAGUGUGUGUAUGUGUGUGCGCGCGCGCGCGCGCGCAUGUGUGAGUGUGUGUAUGUGUGUGAGUGUGUGUGUGUCUGUAUGUGUGUGCGUGUUUGUGUGUGUAUGUAUGUAUGUGUGUGAGUGUGUGUGUAUGAGUGUGUGUGUGUGUGAGACAGUGUGUGUGAAUGUAUGUGUGUGUGUCUGUAUGUAUGUGUGUGUGUGAAUGUGUGCGUGAGUGUGUGUAUGAGUCAGUGUGUGUAUGUAUGUGUGCGUGUGUGGAUGUGUGCGUGUGAGUAUAUGUAUGUGUGUGUGUGUGUGUGUGUGUGUGUGUGUGUGUGUGUGU